CCCCCGGCUACCACCGCCGGCCUCCGGCUACCGCCGCCGCCCGGGGCCAGCGGGCUCCGCCGCCGCGCCGGCCUCGUCCCAUGCGCAUCGCCGCCCGCCCGCCGGCCGCUGCCGAGCGGCCGCCACCAUGAUGCCGGCCCUGGCCGCCCAGCGGCGGGGCUGCCGCGGCCUCUACCGCCUGUACCUGCGGUGCCAGGCGGCGCCGGGGCCCCGCUCCUGCCACGGAUGGAAAGCUUCAAUGAAAAUUGGGAGCCUAUCUUAUAUUCUGCCAUGCAAUCGCCUGCCUGUGCAGUUGAUGAGUCAAGUGAGAGUUUAUACAUCCAAUGGUCAGAAAAAAGAUCUUGGAUCAGAAGAUACGAAUAAGUCAGCCCAUGAAGAAACCCUAAAUAAGGCUGAAACAGGACAAGAUGCAACCAAUGCAGGUCAAAAGCAGUCUUUGCCUAAACAGCCAAUUCAAGUAAAAGUGAAAGCAGUCCUUAAAAAAAGAGAGUAUGGACCAAAAUACACUCAGAAUAACUUCAUCACUGGAGUCAGAGCAAUUAAUGAGUUUUGUCUUAAAUCCAGUGAUUUAGACCAGCUGAGGAAAAUUAAACGACGAAGUCCCCAUGAUGACACUGAGACUUUCACCGUGUACCUGAGAUCAGAUGUAGAGGCAAAGUCUCUUGAAGUUUGGGGUAGUCCAGAGGCUCUUGCCAGAGAAAGAAAACGACGUAAAGAGGCAGAGAUCAAGUACAGAGAAAAUCUAUUUAGAAACCAAAGGCUGUUGUGGGAAUACAGGGAGUUCUUUGGAAAUACUAAGCCACGCUCCAGUACAGCAACUAUGUUUUUCAAGGGACCAGGGAAGGUGGUAAUGGUAGCUAUUUGCAUAAAUGGGUUGAAUUUUUUCUUUAAGCUACUUGCUUGGGUUUACACGGGUUCUGCAAGUAUGUUUUCAGAAGCCAUACAUUCUUUAGCAGACACAUGUAACCAGGCAUUGCUAGCUUUGGGCAUCAGUCAGUCUGCAAGGACACCUGACCCUAGUCAUCCGUAUGGUUUCACGAACAUGCGCUAUAUUGCCUCCCUGAUCAGUGGAGUAGGCAUUUUCAUGAUGGGUGCAGGACUUUCUUGGUAUCAUGGGAUCAUAGGUUUACUCCACCCUCAUCCUAUAGAAUCUCUUCUCUGGGCAUACUGCAUUUUAGCAGGGUCAUUGGUAUCUGAAGGAGCUACCCUUCUUGUUGCUAUAAAUGAAAUUCGCAGGAGUGCUCGUGCCAAGGGCCUGUCAUUUUAUCAAUAUGUUGUUCAGAGUCGUGAUCCUAGUACAAAUGUGGUGUUACUGGAGGAUGCUGCAGCAGUUUUGAGCGUGGCUGUAGCUGCUACCUGUAUGGGUCUGACUUCUUUAACAGGAAACCCAUAUUAUGACAGUGUGGGGUCUCUAGGUGUUGGAACUUUGUUAGGAACUGUCUCAGCAUUUCUGAUCUACACUAACACUGAAGCCCUUCUGGGACGAUCCAUUGAACCUGAACAACUGCAGCGACUCACCGAGUUACUAGAAAGUGAUCCUGUAGUAAGAGCGAUUCAUGAUGUUAAAGCUACAGACAUGGGAAUGAGCAAAGUGAGAUUCAAGGCAGAAGUAGACUUUGAUGGACGUGUUGUUACUCGGUCUUACCUGGAAAAACAAGACAUUGAACAGCUGCUACAAGAAAUUCAGCAAGUGAAAACCCUUGAAGAAUUAGAAGCCUUCAUGCUUAAGCAUGGUGAGAAUAUCAUUGACACUCUGGGAGCUGAAGUAGACAGACUUGAAAAGGACCUGAAGCAACGAAAUCCUGAUGUUCGUCAUGUGGAUUUGGAGAUACUAUAGAGUUGAACAGGAGAAAUCUUUGGGUUGCUACUCCUUUGGAAAGAAGCCACGUAAAGGGCUGAAAAGCUUCGGAAAUUGCAGUGACCUCAGCACCAUACCUCGCUUACUUUUGCUGUAGGCUUCCUGGACUGUUAGCACUGCUUUUGUUUCUGGAAGAGUGCUAGACUUGCAGACAAAAAUUUCCAUGGCAAAAUCAGUUUUCAAAAGCUACAUGAGUUAAAUUCCACAGGAGAGUCUGUCCGAGUGCAUUUACUGUGAUUCAGAACUUAAGACUUGAGGUUUAGUUAGGCAAAUACAGCUGCCUGAAACUAUACAACACACUUAGAUUUUCCAUUUGUGUCCCUUUGCAGUCAGUUUGCACUUCUUUCGUUUCUUUCAAGAUAUCAUUAAAGGUUCUUGGGAGAUAUUAAGAUUAGCUAGGAAGAGUUUGUUCCAGUGGAACCUGCCAAUCUUAAACUAUUUCAAUUGCUUUUCUAUGAGAUAAAUUCUUCCAAAUGGGCGCUGGCCUUCUCUCAAGUACCAUGACCUGGAAACCUGCUUUUUGCCACCAUUAUGAUUACCAAGAUUACCAACUGCACUUCAGAAAAAUAAGAUUUUUCACCUCAGUGGAGCCAAAUGUAUGGGUUUAGCCAGAGUAUAUUAAGCUACUGUGAAAAAUUACUGUGUACGAAUUUUGGUGCACUUCCUCUUCUUAAGUUUUGUUCUUUUUUUUUCCCUGCUCUGACACUUGUUUUCUUAUUUGUAAUUAUCUUCAGAUGUAAUCUGGGAGGUAUUUAUGGUAGUGCUUAUUAAAAGUUGCCUGGCAUUUUUGGCUUUUUAUAUUUUAAUAGGCUCUAUUGCCAGAUAUGGUCUUUUCUAGAAGGUGCAAGAGAUGUAGCUGGAAUAUACAAUAGUAAAAAAUGAAUUAUUUAUAAUUAAACAAAUGAAUACAUUGUAUUUUUAAUUUAUUUACCUCUAGAUAUUUUGUUAUCUGAAUUCAAAGCUACUUUGUCUUAUUUAAAAGUUGACCGUACUUGAUUCGGAAAGUAAAGUAAUUCUAUCAGUGGUCCUCAACAAUUCUGAGAUAAGUGCUUCGUUUAUAACUUUGAAAUAUGGAAUUCUAGCACUGUAUCUAAUUGGCCUCAAGGCUUUCUGCAGUAGGUACCCAAGCUGUACCAGAUUCUUUGAGACCCAGUCUCUAUUAAUAAGGCCAUGAGUACUGAGCACAAAGUUGAAAUAUAAGUGGAAUAACUGUAUAUAAAUAACACUGAGGAAAUUUGUUUAUGCACUUUAACAUAAAAUAAAAUUUGCUUAUGGGUGAGAAAUAGUAAUAAGACCAUCCUAGUAACUCAGUUGCUGAAUAAUGACUGACUUGCUGAAAGAAGUGUUGGUAUGAAACACAAGUCUUCAAAAAUCAAUUUAAGAUUAAAUUAUAAGCAUUGCAGCAAAUAAUUGUGGAGACCAAUAUGUCUAGAUUUGACUAAAAGCUUUUUAGAGUAUUUUUUUUCAUAAUAAGUGUCACUUACCAGUGAAUUAUGAGAAUUUAAAAUAGCAUGCCUUUUUGGCAACUGCAAAGCACUUUGCAUGCUGGUCAUUUUAAGUAGAAAAACAUUCCAGGGUUAAGUUACAGAUGGGACUUCCCAUACAGUAACUGUGGGUGAAAGGAUCUCUUCAGUAUCUUUGUCCAUAAUCCCUAUUCACUGGUGGCUUCUUUAUAGCAUAAUACCUUAAUAUGGAUAAUUAAAAAAAAAAGCUUGCUUUAUCUGGUUUUCUCCUAUUGUAGAACUAGUUAGUAUAUUUAAGCCUGAUGAUUUGAAAUGCAGUUUAAAGACAAUUUGGAAGUCUUCCGUCUCAAAUAAAUAAGGCACCUUAUAAAUAAUUUACCUUUCUCCUCACCCUGCCAUGUAAAAUUCAUCUCAUCUCAGUAUGCACUGUGCUGGCAUUAGUCUUAUUCAUGAAGAGCACUGGAAUCUGGUGACGCAUACCCUGUUUUCUUUUCCCUAGAAUAUUUAUAUAGAUUUUGAAUUUGAAUAAACAUGUUAGUAAGCCAGUCAUUCCAAAAAUCUUAAAAACCUGAAGAGAAGUAAAACUGGGAAAAUAUUCUUCCUAUGGAGGUUAGUGAAGACAGCCCAACGUGAUCGAAGUGGUUUGUGUGCUGGAGUUACUGAUGAAUGAGUAAUGCCAGUAAGCACUUUGCAGGGCAGAAGUUUCCCUUUGAGGUUAGUAAAUGUUAUGUCAAUAGCAAAGGAUUCCCCUACUGUUUUCAAAAGGAGACGAGUCUAUAUUCUUACAGGACAUCUGCUCCGAGAGCCUCUAAAAAUGUUGUUUUUAUUUUCUUAUUUAUUCAUCGGAGAUGUAAUUCAUCUGAAUUCUGGUCCUCAUUUCCUUAUUUGCAUCAGAAGAAUACCCAUCCACACACAUUCUGUUUGUAUUCCAAGACAGAAUUCAGUUCCUUGUUUCCCAGUUACAUUAUUGAUUAUAGCAACACAGUAUAAAUUUAAGAAGCCAGAACUUGAAUGUUUUUUAGUACGUUACAGUCAAGCAGUCUGAGGACCCAGGUCCAUUUUUAAAGUGCCCUGGAUGGUGAUGUAGCACAAAAAGGCACGCAGACUGGUUUCAGCAGUACCUUGUAAGUUUACAUGUCAUGCAGGAUGGAAAAUACUGAUUCAUGGAGCCUGUCAGGUUGGAAAGGAAAAGUAAUUCCAAACUGUUACAUUUUAAUUUUUAGGUUACAAUUUGCAGUUUGUUUUUAACACAUUUGAUAUUUUUACUGCUUUUUUCUUUAACCGUGUUUAUAGUCAAAAACUUGAGGUGAUGUGGGUCCAGGACUUAAGUUUGCUUUUGUUUUAAUGUUUUGUUUUGUUUUUUAAAUUAUUAGCAAAUACAUUUACAUUAUAGAAUCCUCAGAAUUAAAGAAAACUUACAAAGUAUGGAGGAGUGGAUUUUUUUUUUUUAAUUAUAAAUGCAAUUACAUGAUGAUUCUUUUGUGUUGAUUUUAAAAAAAAGUAGUAAGGAUUUACCUAACAAUAAAGUUAUAUUCUAGGUUUUUUUCAAUUAACGUGUGGUGUUUUAAAAUAAUUUAUUUUUGUAGACUGGCCUUGCACGUUCUGUUUUUUCAAAUUGUGUUCAAAAUAAUACUGGCCUCUCUGCUUUGUGGAAGAUUGCUUACAUGCUGUGCAGUGUCUCAUAAUUCUGUAAAACUUGUGAUGUUUAAAAAAAUUGUUUUAGUGUUCCAAUAUACUGAAUGAUCUUAAUGUAGCUAAAGUCCAGGUUGGCUGAAUGGUAAUAAUAUGUUUUUCUGGGUUUUUUUUCUGUAAAAGAUAAAAUUCUGAAGUAAUUAUCUUUCUCCCAGGAAUGAAUUUCAAGUCUAAAUUUACCUGCAUAAUGUAAUGACAAGUUGAGAUGUACAAAAAAAAAUUUUUUUAUAGAGGGAUUGUGCAGCUUAAGUAAUUUUUCCUUUCUUGUUAGUGAGAUACAAUAAGUAAGAUCGAAAGUACUUUAUUACAUCGAAAAAUCUUUAUUACAUAAAAAAAAAGCAAUAGGAAUCCAGGGUUUGAAGCACAGUAGUCAGAUUUUUGAAAUACAUGUCCUUUGAGGAAAAUAAAAUGCACCAGGAGCUCUAAGUGAUUGUAUGGACUGUAGAAACUGCAGUCAGUCAGGGUUUGCUGAAGCAAAAGAAAACAAACUAAAAGUGUGUGGUAAAUAGAAAAGAAUACAAAGAAGGAAAAAGACCCAAGAUAUUGAGCACUUGGGAAAAGGAAAGGAUGAACACAAUCUAAAAAACUUGCCCAGAAAUGAGAAAUGAUGAUUGGAGAAGAAAGAAACAGUUAAGAAAUGAAUAUUUUAUUAGAAUGCAUAAAACUAUGUAGUGGGACAUUUUAUUUUAGCAAUAUUCCUAUAGUUGGGUAAUUCCUUCUUCCCACCCCCAGCAAAAACUCAUGGUUUUUUUCCUGUACUGAAAAUCAGUGUGCCUCUGUUGUCCUCUGAAAACUUAGUUUAACAACUAAGGGUGGUGGUGUAAUCUCAAUCUGGAGCUUUGUUGGUGAGGUAUGUGUUAGGUGAGUGGAUGCUGAGGAAUGUUAAUUGUGGAAAUGGGAGCUGGAGUGAAUUAAAGAGAAAAUGAAUGAAUUCUUUUAGACAGGAAAUGACUGAACCAUACUGAACAUGUUAUGGAAAAAAAGGUGCUCUCUUCUAAUGUCUACAGAAUUCUUGUAGUGGACUGUAAUCAUUGCUGAACACGUUAGUCCGUAUUUUUCAAGUUGCUUAAAUAUCUCUGGAUAAACAAGAUUUCUAAUUGAAUAACAUUAUGAAAAGUGGCUAAAACAUUUAAAAUGUAAUCUGAAAACAAUGUAUGUUUUUUAAAUACCACAGACAAAUACUAUAGCAGAUUACUAUAGAUAGGCAGAAAAUAUUCUAUAUUACAUGAAGUAUUUGUGUACAUUUUUUUUCUGUGUAAGUCAAAGCCACCAAUUAAAAUAGAGUCUUGGUUACUUUUUAAAAGUAUUAUACUAACAGUAAACCCAGUCAAAUUUUUGUAUAACCAUCAUUCAAAGUGCUGUUAUGGGAAGAAAACGUCUGGUAAAAUAGUGGAAUAAAGGUCCACAAUCUAGCAUAAGUUUGAUUUUUGUAAUCUAAAUUUAGACUGUAUUUAAAACUUUUGAGGUUGUGAUCAGCUUCUGAAGUCAGAAGAAAAACACUGCAAUGAUGUAUAUAUGAUGUAAUAUAAAGGGGAUUUUGUAAGUUUCUUUUCAAAUUAAAUAUGCUGAAGGACUAAGUGAGAAGCAUUUAAAAAAUGCCUAAAGCAUUUGGAAAGCGUUUUGGCUAUUGCCAAAAUUGUAUUAAAUUUGAAACUCAAGAGUGAGGAUUUUCACUGGUGGUAGAACUUUCAAAGGGCAAUGUCAAAGCUGAAAUCUAUUUCUCCAUGCAACCUUUUAAUCAAAUUCACCCCCCUCCCUCAUGUCCUCCCCCUUUCCCCCAGUAGCCCUUCUUGCUUUUUGGUGUAUUGGCUUUUUCAUCGUGUGUCUUGGUUACUCCAUAUUAGUAUGGGGAAGUCAUUUUGAUUUGUGAGGUGUAGACAUUUAAAUACUUAUCUGCAUAUGUUCUUUGUUUUGUAAUUAUACUUGAAUUUGGUACAUUCUGUAUCAUGUCUGGAACUUGUAAUUACUCAGUAAAAUGUUACAUAGCCAGUAAA